UCCAUAAGACUCGAGAGUUUCCGUCACUUAAAGUUAAAAACGAACUUUGGAGGGAAGUCGCCUCUGAUAAAUCUCACCCGGUCCAGAGAAAUCUCUUCUUUUACGAUAGAAAUCACCAAAACGGAAGGUUGUGAAACGCUGACAUGAAAAUAGAAAUGUUUUAUUUGAUAUUCCUUUGUCAAAUGUAUGGACAAAGUUUGUGCCGAAAUGAAACCAGACCCAACAUCGUGAUGGUGAUGAGUGAUGCAUUUGAUGGGCGAUUGACCUUUGACCCUGGCAGCAAAGUUGUGCAGUUGCCUUAUGUAAACUAUCUCAGGGAGCUUGGUACUACUUUCCUCAACGCUUACACCAACUCACCCAUCUGCUGCCCCUCAAGAGCAGCAAUGUGGAGCGGUCAGUUUGUUCACCUUACUCAGUCGUGGAACAACUACAAGUGCCUUGAUGCUAAUGCAACAACAUGGAUGGAUUUGCUGGAGGCAAAUGGAUAUCUUACCAAGUCGAUGGGCAAGCUGGAUUACACCUCAGGGAGUCACUCUGUUAGUAAUCGAGUCGAGGCCUGGACACGAGAUGUUCAGUUCGUCCUGCGCCAAGAAGGCCGGCCUGUUACGCGUCUUGUUGGGAACAUGUCAACAGUAAGGAUCAUGAGAAAAGACUGGGAAAACACAGACAAGGCGACACAGUGGAUCCACCAGAGAGCUGCGUCCUCACACCAGCCCUUUGCACUUUAUCUUGGCCUCAAUUUACCUCACCCCUAUAAAACAGAAUCUCUGGGGCCCACCGCAGGAGGAUCCACCUUCCUUACCUCACCAUACUGGCUGAAGAAGGUGUCUUCUGAGCACAUCACUGUUCCUAAAUGGCUGCCUAUUGCUGCCAUGCACCCUGUCGACUACUACUCCACCUCCACCAAAAACUGCAGCGGUGUUUUCACUGAGGACGAAGUCAAAAGCAUAAGGGCCUUCUAUUAUGCCAUGUGUGCCGAAGCAGAUGCCAUGCUGGGCCAAAUGAUUUCAGCUCUGAGAGAGACCGGCCUGCUGGACAACACUGUUGUGAUCUUUACGGCUGACCACGGAGAGCUUGCCAUGGAGCACCGGCAGUUCUACAAGAUGUCAAUGUUUGAAGGCAGCUCCCAUGUCCCCCUGCUGGUCAUGGGGCCUAGGCUGAUGUCCGGCCUGCAGGUCAACGAGCUUGUAUCCUUGGUUGACCUCUAUCCCACUGUGUUGGACAUUGCUAGUAUUCCAGCAGUAGGUAUUCUCAGUGGCCACACACUCCUUCCUCUGCUAUCCAAGGCCAGUGCUUUUUCCAAGAAGCAACAUCCAGACUGGGUUCUGAGUGAAUAUCAUGGUUGUAAUGUCAAUGCCUCCACAUACAUGCUGAGAAGUGGCCGGUGGAAAUACAUUGCCUAUGCAGAUGGUCUGAGUGUCUCCCCACAGCUUUUUGACAUAACACGGGACAAGGAAGAACUUCAUAAUGUAGCUCUCAAAUUCCUAGAUGUGCAGGCACAUCUGGACAAGAUAUUGCUUAGUAUUGUAGACUAUCCAAAGGUCUCUACAACUGUGCAGCUCUACAAUAAAAAAUCAUUUGCUGCCUGGCACCAUAGUUUGGGGAGAAACUACAGCCAAGUCAUUGCUAACCUCAGGUGGCAUGUGGAUUGGCAAAAAGAUGUAUUGGCUAAUGAGAGAGCUAUUGACAACUGGCUCUCGGACUCUUUGUGAUACUGUUUUUUUAUUGUUGUAAUGAUGGUUACCUUUAAUGUGUUUUCUUUCUUAAUGAGCUGGACUCAUUAAACAUGGGCUAUCACAUCUUUGACCAUGUGAAAGACAUUGAUGGAUGGCUCUAUGGCUCCUAAUAAUAUUUAUGAAUAUAACAUGAUUGUAAGUCGCUUUGGAUAAAAGCAUCAGCUAAAUUACAUGUAAUGUAAACAAUUGUGUUGAUGCAUAAUCUCAGCGUAUCCCUUUUCAAUGUACUAGGUUCACACUUUGACUCAAUCUGGAAUUUAUUUUUAUAUGUGACCAAUUUGCACAAACUCUCAGAGGGACUUAAAUGUAACAUAACCAUGAUGUGACUAUAUUAAAUUGUUUCCAUUGUUA